AUGCCGCUACGCUGUGAUAAAAUUACCUCGCUCGCUGCUCUUCCCUUUGAAACGGUGCUUUCUUCCAACUUCUGCCACAGUAUGUUCGGCGUCGAUUUUUGAGAACUAUAUAAAUCAUAAUUUCGGCCUAAUAAUUCGGAGUUGGAGAAAAUGACGAUCGACGACGACAAUUCGGUGUACGUCGGUGGCCUUCCCUACGACGCCACCGAAGACUCCAUUCGCAGAGUCUUCGAUCUCUACGGUCACGUCGUCGCCGUUAAGGUAAUCAAUGACCGUGGGGUAGGUGGAAAAUGCUAUGGCUUUGUUACUUUCACAAAUCCUCGAUCUGCAGUUGAUGCCAUCAAUGACAUGAAUGGCAGGACUAUUGAUGGGCGAGUUGUGAGAGUAAAUGAAGUGAAGACCAGAGGUGGCAGGUCAAAUGUUAGUCGUGAAAGUUUUCGCCGUAAUUCUGACAAGGGGGACCGGGAUAGGAGCAGAGAUCGAGAUAGGGAUUAUGAUCAUGAUAGAAAUAGAGAUCAGUCUCGAGACUGUGAUCAAGAUAGGGAAAGUUAA